UGUACCUCUACAAACGGACAACACUACCCUGCUUUUCUACUUCUCUUUGUUCGACAUAACAAAUUUCAUUUGGACAGAGACACAGAAGAGGAACUUUUGAUCACUGUCUUCCCCCCCCCCCACGUAGUACAUAUCCUGAAUACGUUUUUCUUUUGGACUAUCAACAUCGCGUAUCAGGAGUAGCAGCCGCUAAUCGCUGAUAUUUCCCAUCUGAACGCGAAGGCGACAUUAAUCACAACGGUAACCGGGUGCUUGGUUUCAGUGGCAUGCCGGUAAAUUCUCCUCAAACGCGGCCGUGAAAGAUGCUCUGCGACAAUUUUAACGGGUUAAAGGUCGGUAACGACCGAGUUAGCUGCGUCACUUUCUUUCGAGCUCUCCGCCUUUUCUCGUGUUGCACCAUGAAGCUGGUGUGUUUUACCGAAUAAGACAAACACCUGAGCAAAAAGUGUUUUUAUUUUUUAUUUUUUUUAACAAAAAGAAGACGACAUGUUUGAAGUUUCUGGGAUCCCAUACAUCCUGUUGGACAUCACUUGCCUCAUUCUCGUGGGACUCCCCUUCUUCAUUCUCACUCCUCAGCACAGCCCGUUCAAACGAGGCUUCUUCUGCGAUGACGAGUCCAUCCGCUACCCUCUCAAAGAGGACACCAUUUCCUACCAGCUCCUUGGAGGGGUCAUGAUCCCCUUCACGCUCAUUGUCAUCAUCUGCGGCGAGUGGCUUUCAGUCUACCUCACCCACAUUAAGAGCAAGAGGCUUGGCCACAAGUACGCAGCCUGUGUCUACAAGGCUGUGGGCUGCUACUUGUUCGGGGCGGCGGCCAGCCAGUCUCUGACAGACAUCGCCAAGUACUCCGUCGGGCGUCUGCGGCCCCACUUCCUGGCCGUGUGCAAGCCGCAGUGGGAUCGCAUCAACUGCAAAGCCGGCAGAUACGUGGAGAACUUCACCUGUACCGGCGACUCGUUCCUGGUGGACGAAGCCAGGCUGUCGUUCUACUCCGGUCAUUCGUCGUUCUCCAUGUACUGCAUGUUGUUUCUUGUCCUAUAUAUCCAUGCCAGGCUGAAGGCCAAGUGGGCGAGGCUCCUGCGGCCCACCGUCCAGUUCUUCCUGCUUGCCACCGCCGUCUACGUGGGUCUGUCCCGCGUGUCCGACUACAAGCACCAUUGGACCGACGUGCUCGCCGGCCUCCUGCAGGGCGGCGCCGUGGCCUUCUUCACUGUGUUCUGCGUGUCCAACUUCUUCCAGCAGCCCGUUGAGGCGGGCGUGUCCCAGGAGGAAGGAGGCCAGCACACCAGUUUACAGGAGAACCCACCCAAUUCCAACCACUAUGGCAGUACUGACUGAACCCCCCACAACAUCACUCUGGCUUGAGGAGGCAUUGAGAAGGGUGCAGCACAUGCACUUUACUGAGCUACAAAGAGUUUUGAGGCUUGAUGUGAGCAUGCUGCCUAGAAGGAGUGACUUUUUACAACAGUGUGCGCUGGGUGGAUGUGUAGCGUGGGUCACCGAAGAAGGAAAUUCCAUUUGCUCCAAAUAUCAUGUGUGCUCGCUGCAAGCAGGCUUGUAAGGGAGAGCCUGGCACCUGUAAAAACCUCCGCUGUCAUAGUACACCACUCAGAAAAAGUUAGGAAUGUGCCGUUUGUGAGCAGCAAGAUGUGCAAAAAGUACCGAAACACUGAACAGUUGAACGUGUGCAUUCAAAAAUUUUGAAAAGAUCCAAUUAAGUUCCCCUGUACAGAUGAGAUUCAUCCUGAAAUUUCACCUGAAAGAUGAAUAUUCAUACAUUUUGUGAGUAGUGUAGUGUAUUAUGCAUUUAUUUCCCCCAUAAUUAAACUGAUCCUCGGUCUCUUAAUAACAUGUCUGUGACAUGUUAUUGUUAAAAUAACCCAAAGAUCAAGAACUACAGCAUAUUUUAGACACAAUAUUUCUCGUAGCGCCACGGUGGACGACUGGUCAGGGCGUCUGCCUCCCAGUUCUGAGGACCGGGGUUCAAUUCCCGGCCCCGCCUGUGUGGAGUUUGCAUGUUCUCCCUGUGCCUGUGUGGGUUUUCUCCGGGCACUCCAGGUUUCCUCCCACAUCCAAAAAACAUGCAUGUUAGGUUCAUUGAAGACUCUAAAUUGCCCGUAGGUGUGAAUGGUUGUUUGUUUAUACGAUUGGCUGGCAACCAGUUCAGGGUGUACCCCGCCUCCUGCCCGAUAAUAGCUGGGAUAGGCUCCAGCACUCCCGCGACCCUUGUGAGGAUAAGCGGCUCAAAUAAUGGAUGGAGGGAUAUUUCUUGUAUUGCUAAGAGUAGCCUGUUUUAGGGGUUGGCCCUGUCUCAUGCGAGUGAGGCAGCCCUCACAUACUGCUGGGCCAACGGCGAGUCCGGAUUUUCUCACAAUGACGACCAGUUUGCUUGAUCUGGCGUGAGAGUGCGCUGCGGUCAGCUGCCUUCUUCUACUUGUGGAAGCAGAGCCCAGAGUAUCAUGGGGAAAAAAGUCAAUGCCCUUCCGGAGAAUGAAAGCAUUUUAACUCCUGGAUGCGACAGUUCAUUGUGUGUAUGUGGCGGAUGGACACAUCGGCAAACACGAAUACACCCCGCUCUGCUUACCUCGUGUGAAGCCACCACUGACUGAAGCAACCACAUCAUAUUAAAUUCACACUUGAUGGGUGAUGGGCAGGCACUUUAGACCCAACUAUUUGCAUUCAUACAUGAAGUCAGAUGCAGUGUCAUGUUUUUAAAUUUUUAAAUUUUGUUUUUAUUUUAUAAAUACAUUUUAUUCAAAUUUGUAUCAUAAAGAUGCUCCAAAUCAGGGGUGGGCAACCUUUUCAGUUAAGUGCGCCAAGGACAAUACUAAAUUUAGGGGGAAAGUAUGAUGAUCAUGUUUAUUGUUAUAUAUUGCAAGAAUUUUGGAAUUAAUUUAUUAUAUAUUUCAGCUUCUUUAUCACAAUUUCUUUGAGGUUUUAUUUGUUUUUAAGAAUUAAUGGGGCAGAUCAAAUGCUGUGGCGGGUCUGUGAAUGGCCCACGGGCCCUAGGUUCCCCACCCCUGAAUUUAGCAGUGCUGUUAAAUGUGAGAAAUAAAAACAUUUUGCUACUUUGUCAUAAAAAAGAUUCCUACCCUG